GAAUGCGCCAAAACCUUCCCAGUUAAUUUAACCCCCAAGUGCCUAAUGUUUGCUGGCUAGAUUUAAUGCCAGCCUAGUGAUAUCUGUGAAAUUAUAAACAAUUUGUGGAAAAUAUUAAAUUUUUAGGGCAGAGUUGUCGCCGUUCGCAAGGCAAUGGCGAUACCCACGGCGCCGCGACAACUCUGCGCACACGCAAAACCUAUCGAAAAUUUUUUUUAUGGGCCCACGGUCGAUAAAACACUUUCGUGUGCGCCUCUCUGUCGUGUACAAAAAAAAAUAUAGAAAAAUAGAAAAAGAAAUCUUACUAAAACGAAAACGAAGCAACGUCUAGCGGAAUAUAGCAAAAAACAACGGGACAGCAACCAAGUGCUGUACACGAGUAACCGUAAUUUAGCAAGUAAAGUGCAAGGAGCAGCAGCAGCAACAGUUCUACGGGAAAAAUGGAAAUAUGCAUAAUACGAAAAAGUGGCCAAUAACAAAAACAAAUACAGACAGCGACAAUAGUCAGCAGCAGCAGCAGCAGCAACAACAAUAACAUCAGCAGCAGCAGGCAGCAACGUGUGUGUUGUAAUUGUGGAACCAAGCAGAGGCGGCGGCAGAAAACUGUGUCUGUGCUCCGACGGGGGGUGGUUGUGCUGCGCUGUUCUGGUCGUCUGCUCGCCCAUAAAUUAGAAUCGUGCGACGACGACAUUGAGGUCCGCCCUGGAAUGCAGCAUGUCCGCGGAUCAGGAUCAAUAAUCAUCAUCGUGAGCAGCAGCAGCGGGCAAUAAAAAGUUCGAACCAAAAACAAAAAAAAAGAGGAAUCACGCGCGCCACCCCAAUACGGAAAACGGCUGAAAAAUAGCCAGCAGUAGCAGCAGCAGCCGGAGAUCGAGGGAAGAGGAGAUCAAGGAGGAGGAGCAGCAGCAGCAGUUGGAGCACGACGGUGCUCUGAGUAGGUAAAAGCCAGCCUGAUCAAGCCAGCACCAUGGUGAGUAACAAUCUAGUGGUGCCCGUGGUCCUCUGGGGACCCACAGCCCCCACCCAUUGCAUCUCGAGCGUGUUCCUAUCGGAUGACCAGCUGACGCUAGUUACCGGCUGCUACGAUGGACAGAUCUGCCUGUGGCAGGUGGAGCCCAGCACAUUGAAGAUGUCGCCGCGGUGCCUCCUGGUGGGACACUCCGCCCCGGUAUUGUGCCUGGUGCGUGCCUCUCUCCUGCCGGAGAACAGCUUUCUGGUCAGCUCGUCGGAGAACGGCGAGAUGUGCACCUGGGACCUCACGGACGGCAAGUGCAUGGAGGCGGUCAAGCUGCCGCAGGUUCACACCCAAAUCCAGAGCUAUCACACGGCCAACAGCGAGGAUGUGCGUCUCUUCUGCAUCGGCUACUAUGCCGAGAUCAUGGUCAUGGAUCCCUUCAGCCUCGAGGUCAUCUAUGUGCUCAGCUCCAAGGUUAAGCCGGACUGGAUCUCCGCCAUCCAUGUGCUGCGUCCGAUGCGUCGCAAGGAUGAUGUGGUGCUGGCCAUCACCACCACCGGCACCGUAAAGGUGUGGACCCUCACGGGCAACGAGAACAAGCAUGCGGAGCCCAUCUACGAGAACGAAUCGAAGGAGAUCCGAUGCCUCAACGCCAUCACCAUGAACUGCUGUGCCCAGAACCAGCGAACGGUGCUCCUCGUGUGCACCAAGUACUGGCAAAUCUACGAUGCCGGUGACUUCACCGUCCUCUGCUCCGUCAUUGCCCCCGCCCGGGAGCGGUGGCAGGGCGGCGAUUUCAUCACCUCAGACCGUGUCAUGUUGUGGACGGACGAGGGCAAGGGGUAUCUGUACAAGCUGCCUGCCAAUUGCAUUCCGGACAACAAGGAAUUCCAUUCGAAGAGCGUCGUCCGCGAUGCCCCCUACCUGUACUAUGUCCUGCAGCACGCCGGCGACAAGGUGCUCUCGUGUCCGCCGGCAAUGAAAUUGCUCCAGGGCACUGGCGGCCAGCACAAUCUACUGCGCGGUGACUCCGAGGGCUAUAUCUCCGUGUGGAAUGUGCCGGAGGUGCCGCUGGAUAACAUCAGCAUACUGCAGGCCAAGCAGAUGCCGCCGCGUGUCCUCAAACCGCAUGUGUGUACCUCACUGGUGGAGGCGUGGUCCAUUAUGGAUCCACCGCCCGUCGGCAUCCUCGACCAGCUGUCGCGCAUCACCGAGUCGCCGGUGAAGCUCACCUCGAGCAUCUAUCUGCCCCAGCAGAGUCGCCUGGUGAUUGGACGCGAGGAUGGCAGCAUUGUAAUCGUCCCGGCCACCCAGACGGUGAUGAUGCAGCUGCUGGUGGGAAUCAAGCAGAACUUCAGCGAUUGGCCCUCGCAUCAGAUCCUCUACGGUCACCGCGGCAGGGUGAACUGCCUGCUCUGCCCCUCAAUGAUCCAUUCGCGGUACGAGAAGUCCCAUCUGCUGUCCGGCGGCAUUGAUUUCGCCGUCUGCCUGUGGGAUCUGUACAGUGGAAGCCUGCUGCAUCGAUUCUGUGUCCAUGCCGGCGAGAUAACGCAGCUCCUGGUGCCGCCGGAGAGCUGCAGCCCGAGGAUACUGAAGUGCAUCUGCUCGGUGGCCUCGGAUCAUUCGGUAACGCUGGUCUCCCUGCAGGAGCGCAAAUGCGUGACGCUGGCCAGUCGCCACCUGUUCCCCGUGGUCACCAUCAAGUGGCGCCCGCUGGACGACUUCCUCAUCGUGGGCUGCUCCGAUGGCAGCGUGUACGUGUGGCAGAUGGAGACGGGACACUUGGAUCGCGUCCUUCACGGCAUGCUGGCCGAGGAGGUGCUCUCCGCCUGCGACGAGCAGGCAGAAGAUGGCGGCUCCGGCGGAGGCGGCGGAUCGAAUGGCGCCUCCAGUGCCAGUGAAAUGGGCAUGGCCAAUCCGGCGGUGCACUUCUUCCGCGGCCUCAAGUCGCGCAACAUGAACGCCAUACGGCAUGCCACGCAGCGUGGCAUCACGCAGCUCCAGCAGCUGCAGGGACACAACCAGGGCAACUUUGACUUCCUAAUGAAGCACCGCAGCAAUCCGCUGGUCAUCCAGGGACUGCGUACCAAUCCCAAGGACGCCGAGAGUCACAUCCUCUUCUUCGACAUCGAGGGACUGAUCUUUGAGCUGCACAGCGAGGAGUAUGCCCAGAUGACGCCGGCCACGCUGGAGGCGCUCGGAGUGCACCUGCAGAACCCCAAGGACGGCAAGUCGAUGCAUCUGGAUGCGAGCAAGAAGAUCGGAGACUUCUUUAGCAAGGUCAAGAACAAGGCGGUGGAUGUGGAGAAGAUACUGAAGGACAAGGACAAGCAUGGCCUUGUCCAGAAGUUCAAGGAAAAGACGGAGAUUGUCGAGAAGAAGGUGCAGGCGAAGGUGGAGAGCCUCCAGAAGGCCGUCGAGCCGCACGAGGAGCAGCAGGAUCUCAAGAGCAAGAUCGCCUCCAAAAUGGAGGUCACCCAUGUGAUGGAGGUGGCCCAGCUGCUGCUCUCGCUGCUCCAUUCGUGGGGCCUCGAUCCGCAUCUGGACAAGAUGUGCGAGACGCGUUUGGGCCUCCUGCGUCCCAUAGUGCCCAUCUCGUACGGCGUGCUCUCCAAGGCCGGCUACAUGUCCCUGCUGCUGCCGACGUGGCAGAACAACUAUGCCAUCCCGCCGGGCAUCCAGUUGCCCUCCAGCUCCAAGAAGCGUCCGUUGCCCGAGGAGCUGCAGCGCCUGGAGCACCUGACAGCCGUAUUUACAUCGCGCCUGCACUGGGAACUGAGCACCACGCUGACAACCAAUCACAUCCUCGCCCUGGUGGCCAUGUCCAACACGCUGCUCUCGAUGAGCGCUGCCUCCUUCCUGCCGGACAGCGAGAAGCACAAGAAGCUGCAGCGCCUGGCACAGCGCACGGACUCGACGCUGAGCAACGAGGAGGAGCGCGAGGAGCUGAUGGCCCACCACAUCUCGCAGAUCAAGCACGCCUGGAGUCUGCUGGCCACCCACCAUUGCUUCCUGCUGCCGGACAAGAUCGAGGCCCUGGAGCCAAAGAAGUUCAAGCGGCCGCAGGUGGAGAUGAUGGUCAAGCGUUGGCAGCACCACUGCAUCGAGAUCCGGGAGGCAGCGCAGCAGAUACUGCUGGGUGAGCUCACCCGCAUGGGCAAGAAGGGACGCAAGCAGCUGGUGGAGAGCUGGGCCCAGUACCUGCCGCUGUACACGCACACGGAACCGAUUGUCGGCGCCCAGCAGCAGUUGGCCCUGCUCAGUCAGCCGGCAGGCGGAGGCGGCGGCGGAGCUGGAUCCGGUUCGGGUGCCAAUAACGGCGGCGUUGGCUCUGGGUCUGGUGGAGGCGGAUCAGGUGGAAAUAUAGGCGGCGGCGGUGGGAUGGGAUCCGGCGGUGGAGUGACCGGUGGCGAUGCCCACCAAGACGAGGAUUACGAGGAGGAGGAGGAGGAAAUAAUACGCAAACCAUCCAGCUUGUCGGAGCUAAAACGCAAGCAGACCACAGCGGUCAUACUCCUGGGCGUCAUCGGUGCCGAAUUCGGCCAGGAUAUUUCGCAGGAGUCGCCCAAUCAUCGCGGCAGCAUAAGCUUGGCCACGGGCGCCACUCUGGCCGGCAGCGAGCGCCGGAAAUCGAGCGUGGUCGAGGGCUUCGGCAUAGCCAACAACCUGGCCCGCCUCACCUCGAUGGCUUUGGCCCAUCUCCUGUAUGCGCCGCCAUCCCCCAAGCUGCCACAGUACACGCCACUCCGUCGGGCGGCCAUCGAUCUGCUGGGCAGGGGAUUCACCGUGUGGGAACCAUACCUGGACGUGUCCAAGGUGCUGCUCGGCCUGCUGGAGAUCUCAUGCGAGGGCAAGGCUGUGCCGAAUCUAAACUACAAGCUCCCACUGACACCCCAGGCGGAUGCCUGCCGGACAGCCAGGCAUGCGCUGCGCCUGAUAGCCACCGCCCGGCCGGCGGCCUUCAUCACCACAAUGGCCCGUGAGGUGGCCAGGUACAAUACGAUGCAGCAGAAUGCCCAGUCCAUUAACACGCCGCUGACCCAGUCCGUCCUGCACAAGGCCAAGGGCGAGAUACUGCAGUGCGUGGAGAUGCUGAUCGACAAGAUGCAAUCGGAGAUAGCCGGUCUCCUGGUGGAGGUAAUGGACAUAGCCCUGCAUUGUGUGGACAGCAAUGAGUUGAAGAGUCGCGGCCUGGCGGAGCUCUGUCCCUCGAUCUGCAAGUUCAAUCAGAUCUCGCACUGCGCCCAGACCCGGCGCAUUGCCGUGGGGGCCAACAGCGGUAACCUGGCCAUCUAUGAGCUGCGGCAGAACAAGUGCCAGAUGAUACCGGCGCACACGCAUCCCAUCACCUCGCUGGCCUUCUCGCCGGACGGCAAGUACCUCGUCUCGUAUUCGUGCGCCGAGAAUCGGCUCUCCUUCUGGCAGACCUCGACGGGCAUGUUCGGUCUGGGCCAGUCGCAGACGCGCUGCACCAAGGGCUACUCGACUGCUCCGAUACCGGAUGUCUCCCGCCUGAAUCCGAUGCGGCUGGCCAAGCUGGUGUGGAUCAACAAUCGGACGGUGACCCUGAUGCUGGCCGAUGGCUCCGAGACGCGAUUCAAUGUCUAGGGAAGGCGACGAUGCAUAAGGCAAGGUUAUUAGGCAAUCAGCAGCGCGGCUUCAAAAGCAGCGAGAACAUGGAAAGAAGAUGGAGAAUGGUAGAUGGUGGAUGCAGGAUGCAGGAGUGCAGGUAGCAGAAACGACAAAACAAUAAUUAUUCAAAGAUAAAACCCGGAAACGUCUGGCGUUUCCUUAAAUAAUAAAUAAGUAAGGCAAUGGAAACAAGGAAAAGCUAAGCGAAAAGUAACAGUCAAAGGACGAAACUACACUGAAAACUUGAGGAGAGGAAAACCCAAGCACUAUAAGCAGCAUUAAGUUAAAAAGAGAAGGGAAUAGAGAGAGGGAAUAGAGAGAGAGAGAGAGAGAGAGAAUAGGAAACGGAAAACGGAAAAUUCAAUACAACACACAUUUUGUUAUUUAUUUAUAUAUAUAUAUAUACUUACCCUAUAUAUCUGUAUCUGUAUCCGUAUCUGUAUUUUAAUGUAUUACACGAUUUUAAUAUGCCCCCCUGUUUAAAUACCCCCCCUGCUACGUCCAUUUUAUGAUUUAGUUUCUUAACUUUUACCCACACAACACCUCGUGUUUCUGCUUUGUUGUUCGGUUUCCAAAUGCGGAAGGAAAACAGAAAACCAAGUCCAAAUAUUAACAAAGUAAACAACAAUUAACCAGAUGCAAAACACACACACACACAACGCAAAGGAAAGAAAAGGAAAAACAAUUAAAAUUAUAUAAAAAAAAAACAAAGAUUGAAAAGCUGUUAUUAUUAUUACACAACUAUUAUUAUUAUUACUAUUGUAUGCUACUAUUACUAUUAUUAUUGAUAUUUGUUAUGCCUAAUGUAUUGUUAUAUAUAUAUACCUAAAGAGGAAAACCUAAACAAAUGUAUUGAGCAAAGUUGCGAAACGAAAACUAAAACGAAAAAAAAAACAAAAACACUAAAUAAAAUAAAUUAUAUAGAGCGAAGAAGUCAGGUGUUUAAUUUUUUUUUUUUUACAUACAUAUAUACAUUUUUUUUGUGAACCUUACUUUUAUUGUAAUUCCUAUAAUUGAUAACUUCUUCGUCUUCUUUCGAUGUCAUAUUUCUGCUUAAGCGUGUGUAAAAAGUCUUUGUUGUUCUGUGAAAAUAAUACAUACAUGCAUACUUAUAUACGAGAUCCUUUAAAGUAUUACACAAAAUAAAACAAAAUAAAAAAGAUACGAAACGAAGCAACUACAACAAUUAUGUACGGAGAGUAUAAAACAAAAACAAAAAAAAAGAAAUAAACUCAAAACCAAACAUGA